AUGAACGUGGAUGAUCUUCCACCCUCAUCCAACAAAAUGAGCAUUGGUGAAUUGCUGAUCAAUUUCUUUCAGUUCUACGCGCGUGACUUUGAUUGGCGACGUCAUGCCGUGAGCAUGCGCCGGUGCGCACGGGACGAGUGGGAUGUUGGAUGCAGAACUACCUGUCCCACCUCUGGGCUAUGUUGGACAAAGGCUUCCUCUAAAGAAAAGGGUUGA